AUGGAUUCAAAAGAAAAUGCCAUUGAUAAUCAACAUGAUUUACCAGUUUAUCGUCGUAUUCAAACUAUAUUAAAAGUUCUUAUAUCUAAUAUCGAUGGAUUUAAUAAUAAGGAAAAAACUUAUAUUCGUUCACUUACUCCAAUUGUUUUUCAGUUUGAUAAAACAUUAGCUCCUCUCAUUGCAAAAUUAUUAAUAAAAAUAACUCAAAAUAAAGAAGAUAUUGAAGAUGGAUUGAAAAUUCUUCAAGAAAAUUUAUCUGAAAUUUAUUUUGAAAAAAUAUUAACAGAUCUAUCAACUCAAUGGUUUAUUAAAGAAAAAAAUCGAUCAUUAUUAGUUUUUGAUUUACUUAUAAAUCAUGUAUUUAAUCCAUCUGUUGUUGAUCGAGAACAAUGCCAAAAUAUUCUUCGACAUUUACGACAGUGUGAACAUUUAACUGUAAAAGAGGAAGCUAUGAAUUACAUUGUGCCUUGGAGACAAGAUGGGUAACAUUUUCUUUUUACAAAUAAUUCAUUAACUGCAUCAUCAACACCAACUAAAUUAUCAAAUAUGGAAGACAAUAUGAAAAUAUUAGAAAGUAUGGGUUUUACCGAUCGAGAAUUAAAUCGUAAGGCUUUAACUAGAGCUGAGAAUGAUAUUAGUGAAGCUGUUACUUUGCUGACAAGCUCACAUUUUUUUAAUGAUGACUUUAUGACUCCCAACGAACAAAGGCCAACAUCAACAUUUAUUGGUUCAUUUACUGAAAAACAAAUGAAACAACAACAAAACUUAAAAUUAAGAUUUUAA